UAAUGUUCCAUUUGAGCGAUUCCUGAUCUCUUGGACGUUUUGUUAAUAUAAUAAAGAUGACUUGUUCAGAUGUUUGUCUUUCUAUGACCUGGUGUAGUUCAGCCUCGACUCCACUAGGUGUCGACGCUGUAGGCGGAAGUGAACCCUCUCGCCUUUUUUCCAGUCAGUGCUUCCAAACAGGCUGCGACGCCACAAGAAAAAUACAUUUUAAAGAGAAAUUACCAAAUCGGUGCACUUAGGCGAUGCGCACACGAACGCUCCAUGAAGCCGCAGCUGAAUGAUGCAAAAAUGCGCCCUAGCGCGACUAAACUGUCCGGGUCGGAGGCUGUCCUGGUGUUUCAAGAUGAGCUUGUUGCUGCGAUACGUGGGGCGUUUGAGGUGGCCGUGGAGAUCGCAGUGAGAGAGGUGAAAACCCUGGUAGGACAGGCAACAAGCGACAUCUAUGAAGACCUGCGACGAGAGAACGAGUCCCUCAAACAAAGGCUGCAGAAAGCGGAAGCGAUGCUGGGCUCGGAGCGCAUGGAUGAAAGAAGUGUCAAUCCCCCUCCUGCUACGAACCAGAUCUUUAAUGCCACCGACCAUACAGAUGAAUUGCCCUACCUCGCUUACAACCAGACAAAUGCAAAUCAUGAAGGGGGCAGGUGCACAGAGGUCAGAGGUGACGGUCCUCCUGCAGGGCAUCGCCUUGUCCAUCCUGAGGAUAGACACACCAGCAGAAAUAAAGAUCAGCCAUCAAGCAGUGAUGCAGCUUCAGACCCAGGGAAAGAACAAAAUAAUGGGUGCACUACAGACAUCACUGAAGAGAUUUCCCAUGCGUGUGUGGUGAAGGUAGAAGGCAUGAACCCGCUUUAUCAAGAUUUGGGAGAUGAAGAGUGUGGGUCGCCUCAGCUUCCCAACACUGACGCCAAAUCCACGUUAGAGCGAGUCACUGUAAAGCAGGAGAAGUCAGAAGAGGAGAGCAACGUGUCAUCUUGCUGCCUGGAAUCAAAAGUGGAGGAUUUUAGCCUUGAGUGCGUGUCUGCAGUGCAGUUCAAAAUGUUGGAGGAGUGGAAGACGGAAGAGGCAGACGUUCAGAGCCCAGACCCAAGCGCUCAGCUGUCAAAUGCUGGAAUGGAUCAGGCACAUCUUCCAAACUCGACCACCAGCCUCCAACCACCCCCAGAACUUCCGUCCAUCUCCUCCGACUUCCCCAACAUCUUCCAGCUGACAGACCCAGUUCCACCUUCAGAAGCCCCUCCGCAGGUUUAUGGAGUUCAUGUCCGAACAGGUCGCAACGUCAGCCACGCCCUCGCCACCCUCUACACUUGUAAAUGCUGCGGUCAGACCUUCCACCUGCCCAGCUUGCUGCGGCGCCACUACGGCCAGUGCCAGCAGAGGCUCCAGCAGCGCUGUCACCAGCCUGUGGCAGGAAGCAAGAGGACCAGGCUGCAGCUCUACCCGCCAGGCUGCAGCCCCUUCCGCUGCACAGAGUGCAACCGGGAGUUCAAUCGCAUGGAGAAUCUCAAGACCCACCUUCGCAUCCACACGGGAGAGAGGCCGUACACCUGCUCGGUCUGCUCCAAAUGUUUCCGUCACUCGGGGGCAUUAACUCGGCACUUCCGCAUCCACACCGGAGAGAAGCCUUACGUCUGUGGACAGUGUGGAAGGUCAUUUAGAAACUGUGGUGGGCUCAGGUUCCACCAGCGUUCUCACUCUAAGUAGGUACAGUAAUGUGGGACUGCACAGCGGUAACAUGUUCAGGACUUUUUAUGCAAUAUGUAAACAAUUUAUUUUAAAGCAAGGCUCACUACUUUUAAAAUUGACAAUGCAGUGUAAAAAUGAGGAAAGCACUAAACAACGUUUAAUUUUUACAGGAACACUAUCAACAUUUGUGAGGUGGAUGAGAUGUAUGUUUAUCUAACCUCUAAUCAGGUGAAAAAAAACAUGAUUUUCCUUUGAGGUGGUUUUAAAAACUACAACAGUCAAUAAAAUGAAUUAGAUUUAUCAAACAGAAGACAGUAUGUAGCUACUGUAUGAGAUCCUGGAUUUAAUUGUUUAGCAGUAGACUAUACAGGUAACUGAUGGCUCAUAAGAAAUCAACUAUAAUAAAUACAUUCCAAGUGUUAUUUUUUACUUUUAUCAUUAUUAAAGACAAUGUUUGGCUGAGA